CAACAGCACCGUUCGCUGCCCAAUGCAUAUCUCGGGAUUGCUCUGCUGAUCGCGCACGCUUUCCCGCUCGCCCAAGGAUCUCAAAGACACGUCGUGUAGCGUCUGAUCUUGCACCCAUAUCGACAGCUCAGCCUCUCUCUCGGUACCGCGCAGCAAAAUGACCCUUGAAGUUCCCUCGCCCUCCGUCGAGUAUGAAGACCGAUACUUCAAAGGCCCUUACGGAACCAUUGGACUGUGGGCCGGUGCCGGCAUCGUCGCCAAGACUCUCUCGUACGGCCUGCAACGGAAACCCAUUUUUCACAAGCCGUACACCCAUCUGAUCUGGGCGGUUGUCGGUGGUAGUAUCGGCUAUUUGGUCGACUCCCUCCAACAACGCAAGCUUCAGGAAGUUGAGCGCAAGAGGCAACUGCUCAUCAGACGACGCAUCCAGCGCCUUGAGCAAAGCGAAUAAGUCCGCUCGCAUAAUUGUCAUUUGAUCAAGACUUAUCGCCGAGCUCAACCCCGUGGAACGAUCGCUCUGCAUCGGGAUUGUAUCGUCCACAAAUGGGACACCCUGUUGCUGGAUCUCCGGCGGCCUUUCCUGGAUUCUGAAUACACGCUCGUCCAUUCUCUUUCGUAUGACCGCCCGCAAUAUUGGCGGACGAGUUUGGUCGCAUUGCC